UGUCGCAAUUUUUCAAUAAUUAAAAAUAAUGCAAUAUUAAUUUUACGACAAUGUACACCCAAGGACUUUGAUAGGGUACUAUAUUAAGAAGGAAUAUGCAUCCGCCAUAUUGGCUCCUAGUCAGUGCCGGGAAUUCAAGCAAAGUAAAGGCAUCUAAUUUUGUUUUACAUAAAAUUUUGUGUUUUACAUAGACUUAAGUAAAUAAAAUGGGCGGUUGCAGUGCAAUAAAUUGUAAAAAUAGGAGUGAAGCCGGGUAUCAAACGUUUCGCUUUCCAAAAGAAGGCGAAAGAAGAAAGAAAUGGCUUAUAAACUGUCGGCGUAACAAAUGGAUACCUUCCUCAAAUUCAAGAUUAUGCGAGAUUCACUUUGAAAGCUUUCAAUUUGAACAGAAUAGGCAAGAUGGGAUAAAAAAAUUAAAACCGAAUGCUAUACCAAUAUUAUUUAAUGUACCAAAUCCGCCAAAAAUGAUUAACAAUAUAAAACAAAAAAGGAGUGCCGAUCCUAUUUGCAUGAAAUUUCCUUUGAUACUACAAUACAAUUCAAGUAUUUCUUGCUCUGACGAAAAUGGUGCUCACUCCAAUUCUAUUUCUACAAAUAAUUCAAAUGGUCCUAAUAUCUCAUCCACUCUUCUUGAAGUGAGUAGUUCAUCAAAUUCACAUACUAUUGGAGUACCUGAAAAAGAAAAUGUUAAAGCAUCAGUUAAGCCACAGUUCAACUGUAAUUGCAAUAUGUUUCAGCAAGAAAAUAUGCAAUUAAAACAGGAACUAAAUAAGGCCAAAGAAAUUUAAAAAAUAUGUUUCUCUGAAGAACAAGUUAAAGCACUGCAAAGCGGUACAAAAAUAAAAUGGAGUAAUGAGGCUAUAUCACAAGCUUUAAGAAUGCGUUUUGCUCUCGGACUUCAUGGAUAUAAUUAUUUAAGAUUAAAUUGCAAAUAUCCACUUCCUCAUUAUUCUACUGUGACGCGAAGAAUUGCAAAUAUUAAGAUCGACUUCGGAAUUUUUUAUGAUUUGUUAGAUCCUUUGAAAUCUAAAAUUGAUGGGUUACAUCCUAAUGCUAAAGAUUGUAUAGUUUCAAUAGACGAACUAAAAAUAAGUGGAAAAUUAAGUUAUGACAAAUGUGAAAAAAAAAUGUACGGUAAAAUCACAUUACCUUCAACUGCAAGCGGUGAAAGUAAUCAUGUAACACUUGUUUUAGCAAGAGAACUUUCUGCAACUUGGAAACAAGCUGUAGCUGCUGAAAUAACAGGGUCAAGAACGGAAGGCUCUGAUAUGCGUGAAUUCGUUCUAAACGUCAUAGAAUCUCUCAGUAAUGCAGGUCUUAACGUUAAAGGCAUCGUUUCUGAUAUGGGCUCUAAUAAUCGCGCGAUGUGGACGUGUUUAGGAAUAGAGGCUUCAAGAAAUAAUCGUGUGACAUCAUUUUCUUUUCAUGAUCAAGUUAUUCACGUUCUUGCAGACGCAUUUAGUGAAAAAUUUGAAACAAGCAACACAAACACAUUGUAUUUUUUUAUCAGAAAAUAUUCAAAAAGCUCAGCAAUUACCAACUAAUGUUGUUAACGGAAAUUAUAUUACUUUUUUAUG